UUGGGGUCAAAAGUGCAACGGCUGAGUGGGUCUAGUAUUUUAGUGUGCAUUGAUUAAAGCAAUGUUUUUUUGAUUAGAAAAUCAUAGCGGCAAAUUAAGAUUAUUUUGGCAAUACUAAUUCGGUUUGUUUUCAUAACAUCUCAUGGCAGUGCACAGUGAACGUGAUAGCAUAAAAAGCUAACAAUGUUGUGACCGAUUCUCCGUCACUGUGGGACUCCACUUUGCAGUGCUUUUAUUAUUGUUUUAUCCGAACUUCAGCCACACUGUCAUUGUCAGUCAUGUUGGACAACACCAUCGGAAACUGAAGUUGAAAACUAUUCCAUUCACUCAUCAUUGAGAAGAUGAAUGUUACAAGCUACCUGCAGCAGCGUGAGAUGGGCGUUUCCACGCGCAAUGACUUCCAGGCCAAAGACGCACUCAUUGCCCUGCUGGAGGAGCAGGCCGCCACACCCAUCACAAACCAGGCAUGUAAGUUACAGGGCCAGCCAAGAGCAACGUUUUUGAUGGAUUUUAGUCUGGAUGGAACCCAGGUUGCGUCCACCCAUGGUGACCACACAGUGCGUGUGAGUAACACAGUGACGGGUAAGUGCACGCACGUUCUGACCGGCCACCCCCGCACACCGUGGUGUGUGGGCUUCCACCCCUCGUACAACGACAUCCUCGCUUCCGGCUGUCUCGGCGGAGAAGUUCGCAUCUGGGAUUUAUUGGGUGGAGGGAGUGAGGUGUGGCAUUCUCCAAGCAAUGGGGUGAUUGCGUCUCUGUCAUUCCAUCCCAUGGACCACGUCCUCGUGUUUGCCACAGGAAACACAAUUUACUUCUGGGACUGGAGUCGACCAGAGCCAUUUGCGUUCAGCAAAACCAGUUACGAUUUUGAAAGAAUCAGAUGGGUUCGUUUUGAUCCACUGGGCCAUUUCUUGUAUACUGGAAUAGCAAACAACACGACAGUUCACCGUCAAGAACCCUCAAACAUCGUCCAUAUCAAUGAGAGCCAAGGACAUCGUCCAAACAGGAUGCAGCAAUUUGCUAACCGAAGGCGUUAUCAGCAGGUAAUUCAGCAUUUCCAUGACUACCAAGAAGAAAGAGGUAGAAGUUCAUCAACGACGAGACCUGAGAGUACAAUUUCUGAGUCGAGUGAGAACCAGCUUGAAGACCCCCCGCCAUCUCCAGUGCAUGAGGAAAGCCUCGACUACGCACGACAGUACGCACACCACGUGACCAACAUGUCGAACCAGUCCGCCCAGCAGGCGAGACCGUUUGUACCAUCAGCGUCCCAGCCCGCGCUGCACCGGCCCCCGCACGUACAGGGCCCUCUGACGUUCAACUGUCCUCGGUCGGCCAGGUGGAAUUCACUGCCUCGGGGCACGUGGAGUCCACCCCCACAGGAGGCAGCGGUGGACGAAGACGACAGUAUCGCAGGAGAGGAAUUGUCCAUACCCGAACCAAGUCUGAACAGCGUGGGCGGCAACAACAGAACAGAUGUUCCUUCGUCGGGUUCGGGAAGGGUGUCGCUGUUUAAUCCUCGUCCUCUGAUGACUGCCCGAUCAAUGAGGACUGUCGGGCCCCUCACUUCACAAUUCUUCACAAACAUUCGGUCGAGGAUUUCAGAGUCGCGUGAUUCGAGGAAUGUGCCUCCUUCCACCACCAGUUCUGGUAUUCACUGGAUCAGCUCCAUUCACCGAAGUGACAAUUCAAACAGGUGUCCCCAAGUUGGUGCAUCAGGACCUCAAAGUGCUACAGUGGGAAGUGACAGUUCACUGCGAUCAGUGGCUGGCUCUAAUGUGACUGGGUCUCAAGAGAGACAUAAUUUAGCUCUGUCAGACUCUAGUGGGAUUACAGAUAAUCGGCAAAAUGUACUUCCACUGACAUCGGGGACUGGUGCAUUAGGUCGUCCUCAAAACACGAUCGUCACAAGACUGUUGAACCUUCGUUCGCAGUGUCGGAACAGUUCAUCAUCAUCCUCCUCCACCUGUACGUCAGUCUCACAGAGACCACACUUCAGUUUGGGCUCACACGCCCCGAUUCGACCGCGACCACAUGAGAGUGCUUUCCGGGAAGUUCCGCCGUCGAACACAGCCAGACAUUCAUGUUCCACCCAUUCCACGGAGUCUGCCUCUGUCCACACCUCAUGCGAGAUGUGCCGCACGUUCAAUCUCCGACUGCUGGACAGCUGGUCCUCCACCUCAACGACGCCAACCACGUCCAACAGCGGCAUCCGCGUGAGCUGGGCCGCCAACACUGUGUCCUCAUGCAGCAGCAGGCCACACAUUCUCAGCAGCCGGCCGUACAUGUUCUCACGACACCGGCGCCUCCUGGCGCUCAACCAGGCCCGCGACAACCCGUACCCACGGACCAGCUGGACCAGGACAUCGGAUGGCACCAGCCAAACAUCGGGGGCCAUGGUGCUGCCCUCAUGUGCAGACCAAGGUACAGAUGUAGCAGGUCUCUCAGAGCCCGUCGUUAUUCCAGUGCUGAGUGACACCGAUACCGUUGACAGUGUACAGAUAGAUGAAGCUGACGUUUCUGAUUCCCCUGUUGCUAGGACAGCCGACUCAGACUUGCAACUGCCAUGUGGGACUGCUCCGAGCGAAACGCCGGAAACAUGUGUGACAGUUUGUAACACAGACAGUUCUUCAUCUCUGCAGACGAGGAGCGAAAGUCUGACCAACCUGACCAUGAGGCUGGAGCGCCAGGUGAGCGAGCUGGACCGCAGGAUCUCGGUGCUGAGGGAGAACUUCACGGAACGCCUGCGUGCACUGCACCAGGACCGGGAGAGGAUCCUCAGCCAGAUCUUCCAGCCCCCACAGCCCCAGCUCCCGCCCACGUCUGGUCAGCCAUCACAGCACGUGCCGCUGAUAACAAUCACCAGGCCUCAGGAUCACGGCAAUUUCUCACACACACACACCGCCUACGACAACUCAACAAAUUCGAAUAAUCAAAAUGUGCAAAAUCCUCAUCUGUUGGAAAUGUUUCUUCGCGGUGACGGACGUCCACCGGUACCGUGCAGUAUUUCAAGACACAGAUCUCGGCCGUCUCGGGUUGAGCCUCAUGAAGAAAGAAGCUGGCACGCCCUGCAACAGCGCCACCUACAUCCGCACUACUCCGUGAGCAUCCUCGACGAAACCAUCAACCGGCCAAACGACGCAUUGCAGGCCGCCAUCAACCGAGCUAUUGCCGGUGCCUUCAUGGGGACGGGAGAACCGGCAGUGGCGAGUAACAUCAUCCCACAGACUCACCGAAUCCAGCGAUGGGACUUCACGCGCUGCGAGAUCCCAGACAUCACUCACGCCAAACAGAACAUCGUGGUCUCACACUGCAAGCUGCACAACGAUGCCAGCUGUGACAUCUCCCAAGACGGGUCAUUCCUGGCCACCUUCGUUCCUAGUCACAGAGGAUUUCCAGAUGACAACAUUCUGGCCGUUUUCUCACUGCACUCAGAAUCAUUUGGACAGUGUCUGUUCACAAAAAGUUUUGGCCCUAAUGCUAUAUCUGUGAGUCUGUCCCCUCACAAUCAGUGUGUGAUGGUCGGACUCGCAUCCAAGAGGCUGUCAUGGGUGUUCACAUCAAACCAGCUUGUUGCUCAAGUAUACAAAUUGGCCGAGAAGAAUGCUGGAGAAAACUCUAUGAAGCAUCUGUGUGACGUUUUCCACCCCUGUGACACGGACGUCCGGACGCACGUGAGCAUCAACUCGGCUCGCUGGUUACGUGGGCCAGGCGAAGGACUCGUCUAUGGCACUAACCGAGGUGACCUGCAUAUCUGCCGACCAGGGUCGUCAGUCCGUCGAAAUCUGAUGACCCGCGUGGAUAGCAGGAGUACAAUUGCAACACAGACGAUUAGUCGGGGUAUACGUCGAACCACAGAGACACAGACAGAUCGACAGACGGAUGACACGAGGGAAAACGAGAUCAUGGUUUGAUGUCGGUGAACGAAUAAACAAAACGGUGAAAGUAAAGAAUUUCAAAAGAUAAAAAAUGCCUUUCUUGAGUGACACAAUUCUCUACUCCUAGUCCUGAUUAUUUACAUAUCAAAUGGGAUAUAUUCGAGAGUUUGUAUUUAAGCAGUCAUUGUAUAAUUCAUACGUUAAGUUCACUUGUAACACUAGCUGGGGAUCAUCAGUUAGUUCCCUGUCGGUCCAACCGGAGGGGACUAUAGGUUUCAUCUCUGUCCUUCUGUCUAUCUGUCUGUCCCAUAUGUAGUUUUCCAGGCAUUUUUUUUCCCACAAUGCCUCAGGAUAUUGAUCUGAUAUUUUCAUAUAGCUCUAUCAUGUAGUUACAAAUCAAGUUUGACUUUCAUGACAAUUUAACAAUUUUUGACACAGUAAUGGCCCUUUAACUUAAAAGAUAUGAAAGUUUGUUUUACAGACAUUUUCUUGUGUGUUCUGUUACAUGUACUGUUACAGAUCAAAUGUAACUUCAUGGCGAUUUACCCUUUUUUCACAGUUAUGGCUCUUGAAGUUAAGAAAAUUUGUUGAGCCUGGUUGGGGACAUGUAUUGCUUUAGCAGUACUUUGAGGUCAGAAUGCAGCCCAGUGGUAAAGCCCUCACUAGAUGCGUGGUUGGUCUAGAAUCAAUCCCCGUCUUUGGGCCCACUGGGCUAUUUCUUG